GUGAGGGUCAAGGCUCAUAACAAUUUGAAGAUAAUAGAUGAUCACGUAUUAAUAAAUAUUAUUACACACGUAUUUAAUAGUUCUAAUUGAUAACGGAAACUAUAUGUGUACAUAUAUUUUAAUAUUUCCGUGCGUUGUGAUUCACAUAAACUUUUAUUGGCAAUUAGCCCAGCAAAGAAUUGAAUUGUGAAGAACAUUAACCAAUAUUUUGGCAGUAACGAAAUGCAGAAGAGAGUUGAGAUGAUAAUGUCUGAACUAAAGCGAAUCAAUAUUAAUUAAUUAAUUGUCCAACCAAUAAAACAGCGCAGUAAUAAGUAUUCCUAUUUUCGAUAUUCAGAAGGAUCGAUGGAGAUAUGUGACCAUUGAGAAAGCUAGAAACUCAACUAAUAAACUUACAGUUGGUUUUGUGAAGGGAAAAAAUGUGACAUAAAAAUAACCAAAUAUACAAUGAUUUUAUAAUAUGUACAUAUGAAUGUAUAUACGAGUAUUUAUAACUAAUUAUCACUAAGAGGAAAUGACGUAGGUUAUUGUUUCUUAUUGCUCUUUAACGACUUUCAAUGAUUUACCGAAUUUAAAUUCAGUUCAAUUCCUAAGAUUCAACUAACAAGAUGCCUACCUCUGCUGAUAGUGUUUUUGUUGCCCGUUCUGCGGGCAUAUCUGCGGAAGGUGUACGAGAUCAAUACGCCGACGGCAAAGCUGCUAAAGUUUGGGAAAUAUUUAUUGGGGACAAGAAUUCACGUACAGAAAAUUAUAAGAAUUUCUUAAUUGAAUUACUUCGAUCAAAAGGUUGCAAGCGUAUCCUCGAUGUGGCGUGUGGAACGGGUGUUGACUCGAUUAUGUUGCUGGAGGAAGGCUACGAGGUGGUUUCAGUGGAUGCCUCCGACAAAAUGUUGAAAUAUGCACUGAAAGAGCGCUGGAACCGACGUAAGGAGCCAGCUUUCGAUAGUUGGGUAAUUGAGGAAUCUAAUUGGCUGACCUUGUACGACGAUAUUAAACCAAUCGUUGGCGAGGGAUUUGACGCUGUCAUUUGCUUGGGAAAUUCGUUUGCUCAUCUUAUGGACGAUAGUGGAGAACAGCUCGACCAUAAACAAGCUAUUAAAAAUUUUGAAAAGUGUCUUAAGCCGGGUGGAAUACUAUUAAUUGACCACAGAAACUACGAUAAUAUUUUAGAAACGGGAGACACACCAGCGAAAAGUAUAUAUUACAAUACUAGUCACACUGCAGACAUUAAAACCUCGGUACUUUUGUAUUGUGGAAAACCUGCAAUGGUAACCAUGGACUACCAGAUUGAAGGAAAUAAUUUGAGCAGUGAAUUUCGUCUUUCGUAUUACCCACACGCCCUCCAGAGUUUUACUAAAAUACUGAAAGAUAUUUUUGGCGAGAAAUCAAAACAUAAAUUAUAUGGAGAUUUCAAAGAAAUACAAGUUGAGAAGAAACCCGCCUUUUAUAUACAUCUUAUUGAGAAACAGUGAACGAGUUAAAGUUUCGUAAACGCAUUUAAAUUAUAUAACUUUGCAUCACCAUGUGUAUCUAUUACUACCUUAUUUAAUAAUUUUAUCUUUUACUUUUAUAUCGUACAUUAGAGUCUUACAAAAAUAAAAUAUUUUUUUAGAAACAAA